AUCUGUCACUUCCAAUUAAUGUGAGCUAGGAAAAGUUACGAAUAUUUUUACAAGUUACUAUGACAAGGUGCCUUAUCUUCCUACAUAUACAAUACUAGCCCAGAAACAUUGCCAAUUCGCUUACUCGUCUAGUAUUCAGUAAGUUUCUACCUACAAUAUCACACUGGCCUUAUCUCCAAAGAUCUAAACAAAUCAGCAUAAGCAGUCAAACCUCACGUCCACAGAAAUAGUCCGAAGCAUUCAACAGAAUUAAAACCUCAUUUUGACAUCACCUCAAACUGUCGCUGGAGCUGUGAGAUUAUCCCCCCUCCCGUUCCCUCCCUUUUCCUCUUCCCUCUGGAUGAAGAGGGAGCGAGAGCGCACGUCAGUCAACCGGUGACAGGCGCGUCGAGAUAACGCCACGGAAAAGUAAAAGGAUUUUAGCAGCGGCUGUGUCUUUGCCUCAAACUUUUUUUUUUAAUUUAGUGAAAAAAGAAAGCGAGGUUUUUAAUUUCUAGGACUUUGUGGCCUUUGUGGAAAUAGAUUUUUUUAAUAAGGUACUUUUUAUGAUUAUUUGGCUGUAAAGAAGAGGCUCAAACAAUUUUCAGGACUGUUUAAAACAAAAUUUAGUUUUUUUAUAUAAUUUUGGCGGCAAGCAUAAUUAAAACCAAAUCAACAUGUCAUUACCGAUUAUUUUAUUUUUUCUCGUGUGCCUAGUGGUUCUAUUGAUUUGAAAUUACAAAAUGUGUGUUCUUAAUGGGACAGUUGAUAGUGUUGUGCUUCUGAAGGUGUUGUUCGGUGGAUUCUUAUGAGAAGUCCAGUCAGGAUGCGUUGGAAUGCGCGCUGCAGUAAGCGACGGGGACUGGAUUCUACUCUUGGACUGCUCUAAGCCAGCCGCAAGGAGGCCAGGCACUCGCCGCUCGACUCGGCCGCCAUUAUGAAAGAGAAAAGCAAGAACGCGGCGCGUUCCCGCCGCGAGAAGGAGAACGCAGAGUUCCUGGAACUGGCCAAGCUGCUUCCGCUUCCGUCCGCCAUUACGUCACAGCUCGACAAGGCUUCCGUCAUCAGACUGACGACUAGCUACUUGAAAAUGAGACAGGUUUUCCCUGAUGGCCUAGGCGACGCGUGGGGCUCCUCCCCUCCCCCGCCCGCGCCCCGCGAGCUGGCCAUCCGCGAGCUCGGCUCCCACCUGCUGCAGACGCUCGACGGCUUCGUGUUCGUGGUGGCGCCGGACGGCAAGAUCAUGUACAUCAGCGAGACCGCCUCCGUGCACCUGGGUCUGAGCCAGGUGGAACUAACCGGCAACUCUAUCUACGAGUACAUCCACCAGGCGGACCACGAGGAGAUGAGCGCCGUGCUGAGCCUGCAGCACCCGCACUCCUACCUCGGACACCAGUACACUAGCAACGGAUACCCAGUGGUAGGCGCGUGGGGGCCGACAGUCGACAUCGAAUGUGAACGAGCUUUCUUCAUACGAAUUAAGUGUGUGCUUGCCAAGCGCAACGCUGGACUCACUACCUCAGGAUAUAAGGUGAUCCACUGCUCGGGCUACCUACGAGCGCGACGGUUCGGCGAGGGCUCGGCGCCGCUGGGGCUGGUGGCGGUGGGGCACUCGCUGCCGCCGUCCGCCGUCACCGAGCUCAAGCUGCACUCCAACAUGUUCAUGUUCCGCGCCUCGCUCGAUAUGAGACUCAUCUUCCUUGAUGCCAGGGUGGCAGCACUGACGGGCUACGAGCCUCAGGACCUGAUCGAGAAGACUCUCUACAACUACAUACACGGCACCGACGUGUUGCACAUGAGAUAUUCACACUGCACAUUGCUAACAAAAGGUCAAGUGACGUCUCGCUACUAUCGCUUCCUGACCAAGUCCGGCGGCUGGGUGUGGAUGCAGAGCUACGCCACCAUCGUGCACAACUCGAGAUCUUCCCGCCCGCACUGCAUCGUGUCUGUCAACUAUGUGCUAAGUGACGUCGAAGAGAAGCACCUAAUCCUGAACGCAGACCAAGGCCCACCGAAGUUAAACCAUCACAUCGAGACCCCUUCGUCGACCACGCACCCCACGCCGCCUACACCGCCUAUGCCGCACGUCAGACAUACAGACAACAAACUCAACCACAUACACCUCAACGAGAGCGAAUUCAGCGGCGACUCUAGCGGAGGAUACCCCACCUACCCCGAAUACAGCCUGCCAAUCAUACCCGCCUACAACGAAAACCACGAAGAAUACCACCAAACACAGAACGGAACGUACCAAGAACUGUUCUACAACGAAAACUACACAGAAACCAACGAUAUCCUACCAAACUACGUUUACCCGACUCAAAGCCAAAGACCUUUCUCAGCCAGUUCUUCGUCAUGCAGUUCGAUAGAGAGCUCGGAAGUGCAUUCGAAUCAACAGUACUCCGUUUCUAAUUACACGAAUCUAAUCUCGUUUUACGGGCAGCAAGGGCAUCAGAAUCAAAAUGGCCGCCCGGUAAUGGCGGAUGGCGGGAACCUGAUGACUCCGAGUCCGGCGGUACAAGAGGGAUACACAAGCGUCAUCGUGGACAACACGCAACAGUUCCACCACCACGGAGGAGGUGUCAACGAGUUUGUGCAUUGAUAAAGAAAAUAACGGAAACGACAUAACCGUUGUGAAAAAAUAACCGUUAUUUAAAGGUGCUAUGGCCGACGUUGGACCGCACUAUUGUUUAAUUUAUUCAAAUGUGCCAAAAGAUAUUAAGGGAACGAAAGCAGAAGAGAUUUAGGUAUACCCUAUUAUAGAAUGUAAAUAUUUGUACAUAUUCAAUCAUAGUUAUUAACUUACAAAAACAUAUAAAACAGCUAGCUUAGUAAGUGAUGUUGAAUCUCAGAAUUAUUCUUUGUGUGAAAAUAUGUUGCGAGCGCCAUCUGUUGUCAAAUAGAAUCAAUCAGUUCCACUAAAAAAAUAUUCUUUUCCUACGAUAUUGUAAUUAAGUAUGUAAUUAAAUAACUUUCUAUGUAAGUAUAUUUAAAUUAUACUGGCAUUAGAAGCCUUAAUAUCAAAACUAUAGACAAUAAUAGAGACAUAGAAUUUAUAAUAGUAACAAAUAUUGAGUACUUGAUAUGUUUUUUCCUGUAAAUAAAUCAUAAUUAUUAUACUUACUAGGGUUUAUAUAUGUUCUCAUAAUCUGAUAUUCCUAUGUACUUACUAAUUGUGAAUUAAGUGCCAUUUUUGGAGUAAACUAGUCGCGUAAUAUGUACAUACCUACAUUUAAUUUCUAAAGAUAUUAUUUAUUUUGAA